CUGGAGCACUCAGGCCCCUGUACAAGAGCUGGUGUACGAGAGAGCAUACGUUGUGCUGCCGCCAUUGGUAGAAUGGAUACGCACGACCACCGCGCACACUGAGUACCGCCACGCCACUGUCAUCGACCAGGACGAUGUGAUGCAGGCAGCACGGCUUCUGUUGCCUGGUGUUGAUUGUCCCAUCAGACAGCCGGGAUGUGAUGAGAGUGUAAGCAGUCGAAGGCAGGGUGAAGAGGCUGACUCAGUCCGCAGACUCAAGCUGUCCGUUGCUUUCCGCAUGUUGAGCUCAGGUUCUCGGGACAUUAUUCCUCAUGCCUUGCAGCUGCUGCCCUCCACCAAGCUGAACACCCUGUGUGACAGUGGUUUGACCCCCCUCAUGUUGGCAGUCCUGGCCAACGAUGAGGCCACAGUUCGCUGUCUGCUGGAGUUUGGCUGCGAUCCCGAUGUGGAGACUCCGCCUCAGGGAACUGCUGGGUGUCCAACGGUACAGGCAGAGACGCAGCACUGGACUGCCCUGACGUACGCAGCUCUUGUGGGCAACACAACGAUAGCCAAGCUGUUAUUGGACCGCGGGGCUCACGUAGAGGGGGGAGCCCGGCUCAGUGAGGAGCGCUGUACCAUCACACCGCUACAGGUUGCAGCAGGCUAUGACAACCUGGAGAUGGUGUCCUUGCUACUCUCUCAUGGAGCACAUCCCUUCCUCUCCACUCUACUCAAGGACUCACUGUGCUACUCAGGGUCGGCCCAGAGAGGCUGUUACAGUGCUAUAGCGGUAGCAGCAGCCCACGGUCAGAGAGCAGUACUGCACAAGCUACUGUCUCAUCCUCUCAGCCCAAACACCAAGGAGGUCCUUAGCCUAGAGGAGAUCCUGGCAGAGGGCGCCAACCAGUUGACUGCUGACCGCCGAGCUGCCACUAGACUCAGAGAGACAGGUGGAGAGAGCCCGGCCCAGCAGCAGGUGCUCAAGCUGACGAAGCCUCAAGUCAAGUGUCUGCAGGAGGCAAUGUACCACAGCACAGAAAACAACCAUCUCGAGAUAACGCUGUAUAUCCGUAACUUGGGCAUUGCAUGGACACUUCACUGUUGGAUGUACACACUGGCCACAGCACAUGACCAUCACCUGGAGAACAUGAUAGACCAGCUGCUGCAGGACUUUCUCCAGGUCUGGCCAGACGACUGCUCCACUCAGUUUGUGGACGAGUGUUUGCCUCUGCUCUUCAACAUCUUCCGCUACAGCAAGAAUGAAGGCACAACUUUAUUGCUGGCAGACAUUUUCUCAACGUGUUUUGGAUGGGAGCCAAUUAAGCGAAUUCGUGACUCUACGUUAAGUGGUGGUGCACGUAUCGAUCCCAAGUUUGUCAACAACGCAGAACUGAGUGAUGUACAGUUCCGUGUGGAGGGUCGUGUAUUCUACGGCCACAAGAUCGUGCUGGUCACGUCUUCCCCUCGCUUCCGUGGCAUGCUUAGCUCCAAGCUGUGUGAGGGCAACCCUCCCAUCGUACAGAUCAAUGACAUCCGCUAUCACAUAUUCCAGCUGGUGAUGCAGUAUUUGUACAACGGUGGCUGUGACACCCUGGAAGUAGAUCACAAUGAUGUGCUGGAGUUGAUGGCUGCUGCCAACUUUUUUCAAUUGGACGGUCUACUGCGGUUUUGUGAAGCUCAGUGUUCAGACAUGGUGGAUCUCGACAAUAUUGUCUCCAUGUACAUACACGCCAAGGUGUACAAUGCCAGUCAGCUGAUGGAGUACUGCCAGGGAUUCCUGCUGCAGAACAUGGUGGCUCUACUGACAUAUGAUGACUCGGUCAAGCGAUUGCUGUUUGGGAAGAAGCUCCAUAACCACGACGUAUUGGCAGGACUGCUGCUUACGCUUCAAGCUCGCAUCAAAGGUCGCAACAAUACCACUCGACCCCAGCCCAAGCCCAAGUAACUCUUGUCUCUGACGGUGAUUGUCAUUUGUGUGAUUGUGUAUUUGCUCUUAUCAUCCAGAACGUUUUGGAAGAAUAUCAUUUUUUCAUUUAUAA